CAAUGUGUUGGGUUUUAAAAGAUACAAAAAAUGACGCUUUGGAAAGCUGUCUCGAAAGAAUCUUAGACAUUAGCGCAAGUGAGACCGAUACCAUUUUCUUAUUAAAUCUGAGCGACCAGUACAGAAACUUGAAGAUAUCCAAUCGCACGGUGAUUCUUCAAGAUGACCUUCAACCCAUAUUGAAUUUCAGCCGGCUGAAGGUCGAUGUCUACAUAAUUAUCGCUUCAAGUAGGAAUUUUGAGAGAACCGCCUCUUAUUUGGUGCACUCUGGUUCGUGGUAUCCAGCAGCGAAAUUCCUAAUAAUUUUUGAUGAUAAAGAACCAAUCUACGAUACUGUGAGGAUUCUCGAGCAAUAUUACGUUUGGAAGAUAGUCAUUUGCAAGUGUACGGAAGAAGGCAAGUCCACUGUAAUGACUUAUUCGUACAAUGGCCAAUUUGAAGCGAUAAGUCCCUGGGACAACGACAAGCCGGUCUUAUUCCGUGAAGAACCACCAAAAGAAUGGGAGGGUAGAAGUUUGAGAAUAGGAUACACUUCAGCAUGGGAGUCAUUAACAAGCGCGCAUGACAUGGGAUCGUAUACAACAUUUAUCUGGAAGUUUACUCACUUGAUUUUGAGUAGACUAGGUGUAGAUUACCAAUAUGUCCAAGUUCCGCGUGGACCUAACGAAAUUAUAUCAUCAUCCUUUGACUUACGUUUUGUAACGGAAGUGUCACUGACACAAUACAUGGAUAUAACCCCUCCUUUACGCAUCGAAAGAGUACGCCUUGUGACGCCAACAAGGAAACCUUCCUCGUGGGAGGCAUUUACCAAAAACAACGGCAUUCACACCCAAAUUCUGCAGUGGGUCAGCAUGGUCUUGAUAGCUGUAAUACUAUACGCAUUCGGCUUACGUAAGUCCCCACCGGACACUUUCUCGUACUGUGUUCUAACAGUUCUUCGAGUAGAACUACUGCAAAAUGUGGAGCGCUACCCGAAGUUGUUUAUUACUCGUGCGUUACUAAUUACUAUGUGGUUUUCCAGUCUCACCAUUGUGGGGUUAGUUUCAGGAAAGCUGCUGUACUUUCUUUACUAUAUCAAGCCUGUUCCAUCAAUUUCUAACGUUCAAGACAUUGUCAAUCUAAAAUACACAGUAUGCCUUACAAUGCCGAAGAACGAAUCUUUGUUGCAAAUUUUUUUAGACGAGAAGGAUCAUCGGAGACUCAAGUACGAGUAUUCCACCAACCAUUACACUUGUUACCGAAGAGUGGCAGUGGAAGACGUGGUAACUUUAUCUUCUGACUUUGAUGCAGAACGCAUGAAGCUGGAGUACCUAUUCUUAGAUGAGGGCGGAUACCCUCUCCUCCACGUUUUGGAAAAUCCGUCCAGGUUCAUUUCGACGUCAAUCGUUUGCAGAAAGGGUUUGCCAAUAUUUCAAAAGUUUAGUAGCUCGGUACUCAAUUUGCAAGCGCAUGGUUUUAAGUUAAACCAUUUUCCACCGACACAGCUUAAAGCAAACGUAAGCCGACCCCAACCAAAAGUGAUCAAACUAAAUCAUUUACACCUUACCUUCAAGAUACUCUUCGGGGGAUUGUGUGUGAGCACUUUAUGCUUUGUUGCUGAAAUUAUAGCGUAUCGCCUGUCUACCUUUGGCAAGCGUACCAAUAAUCGCCAAGGCAUUAUUGCAAAAUUUGUAAAAGGCGGAUUUUGCAAGAAAAACUAGCGCUUCAAUUUCACACCUCAAAUAUAUUAUUAUAGUGCACAAAAUGAAUAGACGUUAUUAAGAACGAUA